AUGGAUUCUUCCAAUGAUGCCCCCCAUAAAGUGCAGAAAACAUCAAUUAAUGAGGUUGUGGCUAUUCUAGAGCAGGAUCCGAGUAUUGCAGCGGAUGAUGAGCUUUACUACUUUGCUGUUGAGCUGCUUCAAGACUCCAAGGGACGGGAGUACGACAGGCUGCAAAUGAAAAACAAAUGGGAUCAACUGAAGAAAGAUUGGAAAUUUUGGAAGGAUUUAAAGCGUGGUUCAACUGGUUUGUGUUGGGAUCCAAUAAAGCGAACCAUUGAUGUUUCGAAAGAGUGGUGGUGCCCGCAACAAAAAAAGUAUAAAACUUGUGGGAUUGAACCUGAUUUGGAGGAGAAGUUGGACAUCAUGUUCGGGGGUGUCGUUGCCAUAGAGAAAUAUGCAUGCACUCCCAGCGAGAUGGGAUUUGGUGAAACACAGGACAAUGUUGUUGUCAGCUUAUCAGAUGAUUCACCUGAAUUCCCAAGUCCAGGUCCCACUGAGAUUCAAUCUACGAACCACUCUAAGCGAUCUAGGUUCGAGAGUAAAAAAAAAAGGCUGGAGCUGCGUCUAUCAGAAACCGGAUAUUAUGCCUGA